AGCGUUCUUUCCCUUAUCAAAAGCGGUCAGAGUGAACAGAUGACACCAGUCUAAUACUGUACAUGUGCCUGUACAGAGUACCUGUAGGCGGUGAUGAUGGAAUCCUUGAGAGCGUUGCAAUCCCCCACUAACCCACUACUAAUUCCUCCAUCAGACAAUAUCCCACACUGCAUUCUUUAUGAUUCAAUGGACGGGCGGUCAAUUGUGUGAGUGCUGUAUUGAACCAGACAUACCUAUUGUUUCCGCGUCACUCUCCUAUACACAUCCAAGUCCCUACGUUGGAGAGCCAAAGCUAUAACAUCGGAUCACUUCCAAUGGGCAAAAAGAAGUUGACCUGUCUGUCGCUGCAGGUGCUGAAGUACUCCUGGGCAAUUGACGAUGCGUCUCAAGCCGAAUUCUCAUGGACCCAUGAGACGAAAGAGCAUAUGUUCGCGGUUUUCGAUUCAUUCCGUGCGAAUGAGCAUCAGCUGAAGAUCCACCGGAAUCAUGAAGUCCUCAUGACAGUGGAAAUCGUGAAGGAAAUCAAGAAGGCAAACAACCUUCUUAAAAUCACAUCGCAGAAAGGCGUGGAGCUGCUCGAGAACCAGAUUCCUACCAUUGUCAUGUUUCGGAGGACGGAUCUGCUGAUUGCCAUGCGCUAUAGCUCGGAUGACAACAAGAAGAUCACCCGGAUCCAACUCCGGCUCGGAUCCGUGAAGGAAUUCGAUGAAGCGUUGGAGCGGCUGAAGGCGCUCAAUUGUCCAUUGGUCGACAAGGCGAAGCCGGAUACGUCGUUGAGGGGUGGUAUUCCGUCGGCGAGCGGUGCAGUGCCACUAGGUUUAGGCGUGUCGUCUGGGGUGAACUCGCGACUCCCAUCUAUGAGCAAUUCUACUCUGCCAAGCAGGUCGUCUUCCAGUCAAGGAGUUCCGUUCCCUACAAUGUCCGAACCGACCAACUCAGCUACCCAGCCAGCUCCAUCGUAUAGUUCCUACGAACCGAGAAUCCCCACUCCGACAUAUUCACACGGGAAUGUUGGAACCAUGGCUCCUACUGUAGAAGAGCAUGGAAACGAAGCAAAUCGGACGGUUGAAACGCCGGCGGCAAUGUCUCGUCCCACUCAUGGGUCCUCUCAAACCCUUGAUCAAGUCCCGCCACAGCAUCCAAGGCAUCUGCCUCUGCCAGCAGCAGUGUCGGGGAGUACGGAGACCGCAAGGCCAGUUACAGCGCCAACCGCGCCACUUUCGAUUUCCAAUCAUCUCCCUCCCGUCCGACAGCUGCCGCAUCAUCGUCCGCGGUCCUCGCUAUCGCGGCCCAGUGUGGUUGAGAAUCUUGCUACACUUCGGCGGCCGUCGUACGCCGUAGAGAAGGGGGACGCCAACGAGCGGUCACAGGUUACCAGCACGCAACCCGUCGGCGGAACGACGAGCAAGAGGAGGAAACUUGAAUCGGCACCGAGGUCCAUGGAGGCCACUAACAGGUUACUUGCGAUCUUGGAAUCGAGUUUGGGUCCUACGCCUAGUACAUCAGGAGUUCAGCAAAGCGCGGCGAACGCGAAGGUACUGUCCGCGACCGCAUCCGCCAGUUCGGUUACGGGCCAUCCAACCCCCCCGAGACCGAUCAGCUCACCAAUUAAUUCCCCCCUGCUGACGUCUGGUUCCUCUCGGUCAUUGACGACUCAAAGGCCAUCUACCAUACCGCCAAGCAUUCGCUCACCUGGGACGCCGACAACAUCUGCCGGACAGAAUGACACGGUCGACUCUAGUGCGACAUCGGUACUCUUCGACAUGGACGCGCAGAUGACGGCCAGUCUCCAGGCGUACAACCAGCUUGACCGUGCGGCCCGUCGGACGAAGGUCGAUGAGAUGCUUACGAAGAUGAUCAUGAACGACGACUUUCUCGAGCUGAUGAAGGACCUGGAGGGGUGUGUGAAUCGGUGGGGGUUCGAUGUUGAACAUCGGUGGGGCCAGUCGGGUUCUGAAUGAGGUUCAUGGGGAAGGGAGAGAAGGUAACUGGACGCUACGGUGGGGAGGAGGGAGUGGAGUUAUCACAGGAUGGACGACGUAAUCUACUAGUAAAGCAUGUCUUACGGAACGAUAUCACGAAUGACACAGUUCCCGUACCCAUUCCUACAUCCCUCCGUCUCCUCCAGCACCUAAACCAUCUCCCGUGGCCAAGUGAAACCGCCCCGGUCGUGUUGUUAUCCGCUGCAUAUAGAAGCAGUACUGUGGUACGACGAUGCCGAGCACAAGAUCUGGCAUACAAUGCAGGCGGCUCGCGGCUCGCGGCUCGCGGCGUCCAUGGUGCUCGAGGGGGAGUCGAGCCUUUCCUUUUCAAUAUUUAUAAUUCAUCUUUGCUGUUCUU